AUGCACCAUUUAUAUCUAUCACGUCCAUCUAAUGAUGAAUAUGGGAAACUCUUCCACAACUCUCACCUUUUUUUGUCUUUGUGGAGAUGUGAAGUUCGGCCUGGCCCUGAGUUCCUGACCCGUUCCUACACCUUCUACCCAAGCCACCUGUUCAAAGCCCUGCAACACUACUACACUGACAGUGGGUGCGAGGAGCCCGCAUACUCUCUGGUGGUCCGGGGCAAGCUCCGUCUGCGCCAGGCUUCCUGGAUCACCCGGGGUGCCACCAAGACGGAGCACCACCUCCACAAAGUGGGCAUUGUCAUCCACAGCCCAGGCGCAAUGCACCAGCUGGCAGCCCGUCUACCCUCCGUGUGUGUGGGCCUCACCUUGGGUGGCAUGGUGCCCGGGCGCCUGUACGAGCUGUACAAUGCCCGGGCAGGGAGGGACUGUCUGGGUGCCUCGGGGUACUCGAUGAUGGAGUUGGGCUUGGUGAGAGUGGAGACCCAGCAUCAGCCCCAUGGAGGUCUGGUUCAGGAGCUCUUCCUUGGGGACGUGCACACAGACUGGACCCAGAGGACAUACUAUCGACCAAUGGGCUACCAACAGCCACUGCAGAAUGCUAUGCACCACAUCCACCCCUGCCCAGCGUGCGCCUUGCUGUUCCGGGCCUCAGAACAGCGCCCCCCCCGUGUUACCCCAGUCCCUGCAGCAACGCCUCUGUCCUUGGACGGCCGAUGGGUUAGCCAACGUUGCGAAGCCCGGCCCGCCGUCCUCUUCCUCACCCGAGACUUCACCUUCCGCCCAGAUGAGCAUUCCUGGGAAGGCCUCUACCGCCACUACUCGGAACCCACUUGCAGCCAGCCCACCUUCACCCUGUGGGCUUCAGGCCACUACGCCCAGGGAGGCCCCUCAGCCAAAGUGGCGGGAGGGACUGAGUUCGUCUUCAAGGUAACCCGGGCCAGAGUCACGGUUCUGGAAGGGGCCACGGCCAGGGUGCUCAACGAGACUAGGCGGGGCAGCUGCGGAAAGGCAGGGGGGUGGGAGGUGGGAGUGGAGCAGGACGUGACCCCCACGGAUGGGUGUACCGUCCUGGGGAUCAAGCUGCCGCACAAGGAGUAUGAGCUGUUCAAGACGGAGCUGGACCAUCGACGGCGCACUCUGCUGUUCAUCGGGGAGAGGCCGACGGAUGGCUCCAGCCCUGACCGGCCCCAGAAGAGGCCCACGUCUUACCAGGCCGCCCUGGUGCAUUGUUGCGAGGAAGACACCCCCACGUCGCAUCGCCACACCAACCAGCUCAAGCUAGCAGCUAGUAGAACCAAUAACCUACCACGGCUCCCUUUCUUUGUCCUAGUACUGGUCUCUUUACUGUGGGGUUGGUACUGUGUGUUCUAGAGACAACCUGAACAUUGGAGAAGAACACACAAACGAUGCUGGAGCUGCUCGCGGUCUAUAAGGAAACUCCAUGUGCUCCUCCUCAAUAUCAAGAUAAUAUCCAGACCACAUAAUAGAUGGCCAAAGCCAUCUUCAAGAAAACUGAACAUAGACUGUCAGUGUAUCCAUGUUGCAUAUCUAUCAUAUUAUAUGUGUCUCAUUUUGUUUUCUUUUAAACCGGAGAUGCCUUUUGGCAAAUGUUUAAGUCACAUAAGCGUUCCUUUUCUAAAGAGAGGCAGAUUCAGACUUAGGAAAGGCGUGCGUUUCCUAUGUACUUCUCAGUAUUUGGUAUUCAGACUUACCUUAUUCCGUCACGUAACGCUCUCUGCAGGUGUAGCUACCUUCCGCGCUCCAAAUAAAUGUAAUUAAUCCAAUGAAAACCCUCCCCACUUACUGGCCAACAGAUUUUCUCAUGGAAUUUUCAUUCAAUAGGGUUUUCACAUAGAGAAUGAUAGAGGCUUCUAGCUGCCAAAAGGCCAUAUAAGCAUGGGCAGCACCAUUGAGGGCUUCCACCAUUUUAAUGUAGUCAACUUGGUGGGACUUCCAACUUCAUUGGCUGAUCCCUCCUGGUGACCUGUUAGAGUUAUGUCCAAUCAGGUUAUCAGGAGGGAUCAGCCAAUCAUAAAGAAGAAAAUAGACUACUUCAAAACGGAGAUAACCUCAAUGGAGCCGCCCAUGCUCAAAUCAAAUCAAGUUUUAUUUGUCACAUACACAUGGUUAGCAGAUGUUAAUGCGAGUGUAGCGAAAUGCUUGUAAAACAUGCUAUCACAGACUCUAUGAUGGCACAGAUAAAAAGAUGAGUUCUCUAUCUAUCUCGAUGGGUUUUCAGUACAUUUAUGUUAAGCCAUUCCCAGGGUUGGAGAGUAACGGAUUACAUGGGGAUUACUAAAAACGAUAACUGUAAUCCAUUACGUUACCAUCAAAAAAUAUUGUAAUCAGAUUACAGAUACUUUUGAAAAACUAGAUGAUUAAAUCUUUGACACUCAUCUGUUCGCUCAAUGACAUUCAAAUCAGCAUUGAAAAAAGGCACUAGUUUAAAUUUGUUCCAUCUGAGCGAGUCUGACCACAAGUCAGAGACCACUAUGAUGACACACCAAAUGUGUUUGAUGGAUCGCGGGAAAAGAGAAGGAAUAGGCUUUUGUAGGCUACAGUCCAAGCGAUGUCUUACAAUGGUUUGAGUGCUGUCGGCAUCUAAAGAUUAUCCAACUUGAAAAAAUGCUUGGAGGUAAGGAUGACAGCAGUGGUUUAGUCUACGGCGAUACGAAUAUAACUUAUUAUUGA